UAUAUGUUGUAUAAAUACACGUCAAAAUAACACUCGCAUAUUCAUUCAGUUUGUCAUAAAAAAUCGUGAAAGAACAAGCACGAUUUUCAGACAAUCUGAGCCUCCAGCCCCUUAAACUCUGUUCUAACAAUGCGUUUGUUUUGUUUAAAUAGAGUUUAAGUUGCAAUCUAAGUUUAAUCUAAGUAUCAUUGAAAAACCGGCCCUAACAGUUCUUCGUCUUGGAUCAGAUGAUUUGAUAUAACGGGGGAUCACGACCUAAUCAGGGGUGCGCGCCGUCAAGCAGGUGUUCAGGAUCAUGAGCUCGCGUUGCGUAAGCAGAUAACGAUCGCGUUCACGGUUUGCGAACGUGUCGCUGGUGAUCUCCUUCCAGUUUUUGCGUCAUUCUUCCUCCCAUUCAUCUUCUUCAAGCAUUGGCCGAUUGAAAUACCGACAGCAGUGGCAUAACGUGGAUUCGUUUCACGCCCUAACGCAUUUGCAUUCGUCUGCAUUUCCGGUUUCCGAGAGGCGGCGAUCGUUGCCGAUCAAUUCGCGAUUGGAUGGGAUCGUCCAUCCGUUCGUUCGUUCGUCAGAGCGACGCCAAGGCCGCAUUGGACGGUGCGUUCAAUUUAUUUAUACUUUACGGUUGCCGCAAAGUCCACGGCAAGUUCUCGUUCAAGGCUGCGCGGGUGACCGCUAGAAUUUUUCUGCGGCCGUUUUUUCCACGCGUCUUGGUAAUUGGUGCCGAGUGCCGAUAAUUCUCGAUUGAAUUAUGCAAGGCGUGCGCCGGUUGUUUCACGGAACCGUCGGCUUCUCAGUUCGCGGAGCGCGCAAUUCUUUACCGCAAUGCUUCGAAUUCAAAUAUCCGCGGAUUGAUCGAUAUUCAGUCUCUCUGUCUCCGGGGCUUCCUCAGUCGGAAUUUUUAUUCCAUUUUCGACUUUAAUAUUUCACUCAGUAUUGUAAGAAAUAGGUACGUCGAAGAUCACUAUGCUUCUCGCUUUAAGACAUAUAUUUCUCUGGUAUGUUACAAUCUAAUUCUCCACUGUCCUGCGAAGACUCUUCUCCUCUCCCUCACUCUAUCCUUACAUCCAAGGAGAGUGCCAGCGCCUUUCUUAAGAUCUUCCUCGAUUCCCAGCGCACAUACUCGUUAAAUCUCCAUUGAUUACAGAUUUCUUAUAUAAUCUCCUUUCAGAACUUUUUAAUCGAGAAAUAGAUCGACAUUCUGCAAUGAUUUAUUAGUCUUUCAUUUUAUAUGUAUUAUUUACAUCUUAGGAACUCUGAAAUGUGUCGUUAAAAAUUUCUAUAUCUUUUAAUAAGACAGAUUUUGCCAGUCUCUUCUUGCAUACUAAAAACAUAAUAAAUGAAAAAAAUUUAUUUGAAAAAAAAACAGCUUGUACAACUUCUCUUGUAGACAAAGCAAUACAGCGGAAGUGUGGAUUCACAUUUUUUAAAUAAAAUGAAACGAUUACAUUUUUAUGUCGUUAUAAUUCUGUGUAACAAUGUAGCACAAGUUUGAUAGUGCAAGCUCAUAGAUCAUAACGAUGCAUACAUUGUCUCAUAAAAUUACGACGUAAAAAUACAAUCAUUUUAUCUAAAAAUUCCGAAAUUACUUGUUACACAAUCCAUUCAAUAGAUUCAAUUUUAAAAUUCCAAGAAACAGUAUCAUUAUAGAGGAAAUUAUAUAAGUUGCAUUCUUCGAGCUGAGAUUCGCAGAGCUCGCGAUUAUCGUGUAAACGCCAGAUUAAAUUAGAUUGAACUUUGAAAUCCUGGCGAAAGAUAUUGAAGAAACUAAUGUAAACUUAUGUAAGCACGUGUAAUGAAUGAUUGGCCCCACCGGGCUUUUUCCGCACCCAGGUGGCUAUGCCGUAGAUGAGGAGACCGUCGAUCGCGACCAGGGCGGCUACUCGAUCGGCGAGGGAUGAAAUCGUAAUGAGAUCAGGCGAGAUGCCGGAUCGCGCGUGAGAAAGGAGAAGGCGCUACACGUUCGCUAUAACGCGAACAAUCGCGACGAGCCCGACCACGGGCCCCGGUUGAAGCGACAAUGGGGUCUUUGCCGAAUCUUCACGAGCUGUCCAAGGACAAGCUAGAAGGCCCGGUACACAGACCGGCGCCGAUCGGCGGUCUUGGCCCGAUGCGAUUGCCCGCGCAGCCUCCGCCGUUGGCCCACACGCACAGACGCGCCAGGAGCAGCGGGCAUCAUCACUCUACCUUGUGCGACAAUGACGCGAUGAUGGAGCACAUGGCGGCGUACUCGCCGAUCUCUUGCCGAUCAACGCGCAUCUCGGCAUUGUCCUGGCGACGUCGUGACUCUAUGAACUCAUCAGCGGGCGCAUCGUCGGUACGCCGGCUGAUCGCGGCGGUCAGAGCGGCGCCGUCCGGACCGCGGCCACCUCGCAAGGCGAUACUUCGUCACUGCGUGGCUCUUCUGCUGGGACACGCGACCUGCUCAGCUGCGAUGCUGCCGAUUUUCCCGUUGCAAGCAGGUAUCGGCGCGUUCGAGCCUCACCUAGGCCCGAUCUUGCUCGCCCUGCUCUAUGCGAUCGCCACCGUCACCAGCUGCUUCGCGCCCAUCGUCGUACAGAAGCUCGGCACGAACCUCACCAUCACCAUCAGCCACUUGGUCACCACCGUCUUCGUCGGCGUGCAUCUGUAUCCCAAGUGGUACAUACUCCUGCCCAGCUACGCGAUGCUGGGUGCCUGCGCCAGCCCGAGCUUCCUGGCGAGGACGUCGCACGUCAACGUCUCGGCGACCAGCCUGGCGCUGGUCUGCGUCGAUCCCGAGGAUCCUGACGAGACGCGACGCGAAUGCCUGCUAAGGAGACUUAAUCGGGGAAUCAAGCUGGCUGAGGACAUCGGCCUCGCAUUCGGCUGCGUCAUCGCCUCGAUCCUCGUCAGGCUGACGGACUUGAUACCGCCGCCUAGCAUCGUGAACAGCGACGUCGGGGACAUCUGCGGGGCCGAGUACUGCUCGGAGGAAACUUAUUUCUACAACGAAUCGCUCUAUGUGCCGACGGUCACGUGGGGCACGUCGAAGGUGCUAGUCAGCAUCUGGCUUGGCCUGGCGGUGCUCGCUUUGAGCAUAUCUUGUGCGUUCCUCGACUCGAGGAUGCAGGAGCCGCAGGCGAGCCACGAUCGCACCACCGCCCGUAGUAUCCUGAAGUCCGUCAAGUGCGCCUUUCAGGACCCUAAGCUCCAGCUCGCGGCGCCGCUCACGCUCUUCAUCGGACUCGAGCAGGGCUUCAUCUACGCCGAUUUCGUGGAGGCGUACGUGGUGUGCGCCCUGGGCGGCGCCGGCACGGUGACCUUAAGCUUCCUGAGCUUGGCCGUGCUGCAGGCCCUCGCCGCCGUGACGCUCUCGAUGCUGUUAAGGCAUAUUAAAAGGUACUUUGUCGUGGUCGUGGGCUGUGCCUUUCACGCCUGUCUUCUGCUCGUCUUGCUCACUUGGAGACCUACGGGAGACGACCCGGCACUCUUUCAUGUCAUAUCAGCUGCCUGGGGAGUUUGUAACUCCAUCUGGGAGACUCUGAUAUACACGCUGGUGAUGGCCCUGUAUCCCAACGCGUGGCAGGGACCACUGUCGACGUCGCUCUUCUGGCGCUGGCUUGGGCUCGCCCUGGCUCUCGGUCUGCAUGGUCUCGUGUGCACUCGCUAUCGCGUGGUGGGUCUCGCCGCAACCCUGGUACUGGCGGUGGUGCCGUAUCUGUGGCUAGAGAGCCGUCUGGCACGCCGCGGUAAGACGCUCGCGCCCUUAUGACCGGGCGACUCCACCGCUAGCGAGCGGUGUUCCAGCGUCGAGACGACCGCAACGACGGAAACAAGGCAUCGAACCGACUGAGAGCGAGCCGUUCCAUCCGGCUUGAGGUUGAUAAAGAGAAGAAGCCGUCGGAGGAGCAGCGGCCUGUCGCAGCAGCAGCAGCAGCAGCAGCAGAAGCAGAAGCAGAAGCCGCAGCAACAGCAGGAUCAGGAGCGCCGGUCAAGAUCAAGCAGCGGGUCUUCGACGGCGAUGAAGAUCAAGACUCGGCGCAGGGCGAACAGCGUCGCUUUCGCUUGCCGCACCGACAUCGGUCUGCCUGACGACGAGAACCCGCCGCAGCCGCUGCUCUUCGUCACAGACGAGCGUCGCAGAAGCGCUAACGAGAGCUCCGUCGAGGCGAAGGAGCGCGAUCGCGCCGCCAUUGCCAGCAUAUUCACGCUCUCGUGAAGACUGCCGCUCCCGUCUCGAGAGAGAGAGUCCACUCGCGAGUCUGAAGAAAGAAGCUGCUCACGAAGAGUCGCGUUGUAGCUGUAAAUCAGAUCACCUGAAGAGGCGACUCUGCAACGUAGGUAGUGCUGGAUGGUAAGCGCGAUCGACGACGAGAGGAGCCGUCGAAACGUGUGUUCUUCUUCUUCAAGAUGUCUUCCUUCGUAUAUAUCGAGCGUUGCGUCUUAUUAACGCAAUCGCGACGUGAGAAUCAUCCAGCGCUACACUCGUGCGAGCACGGAGCGCAUGUGUCUUCGGCGGAUAUCGCGCAGUAGCGCGUUAUUUAGCGAUCGACUCGGGAGGAGGCGAGUUCUCUUGCGAAUUUGGAGCGAGGACGGCGACGAUCGAUGAACGCACACCACCGUGGACGGCACUUUAAAGCUCUCCAGGCGCGUCUAAGUCGCGAUUAAUGAGGGAUAGCUCUUCUCAAAGCUGGAUGGAACGGCUGUGUAUACAGACACUAUAUAUACAUAUAUACAUAUAUAAUAUAUACACGUACACAGUCACACGCAUAUACACACACACACAUGCACACACAAAAGCUUUCCCGCUACACACGGUGCGAUCGAUGCACACGACUGAAUAGCAGGAAAAUGACACACGCGACACACACACACACACACACACACACACACACGGACCCGCACACAUCCACAUAAUGUCAUAUUCUAGUCUCGAGCGUACCCCGUUUCUUUUGUAUCACUCGAAUGAGUCGCCGUUUGACGUGUAAACGGAACGUCGAAAUGUACCUGAUGUCUUUCAAACCAAGCUACACGAAGUAUAAAUCGUGAAUCGUGCGCGCGUCGCGAGGGAAUACCUCGCGCAAGCACCCGAUAUUAUAAUAUGUAUAUACACACAUACACGCAUCUCUUUCUCUCCACUUAUCCAUCGUGUAUGUAGCUCGUGGUAUGCGCCUUGCGUGUGAGAGAGCGUGCUAUCGAUUUUUCGAAACGAACGACUCUUGCCAUUUUAUAUUACCGAAUUGUUCGAAACCGCGCACACGCGACACGUAAUCUCCGGCGCGGAGUAAUCAAUCCUCGACGCGGAGCAUAAUUAAUCCCCAGUCGUCUCGCGAUUGGACGUAGUCGUCGAGGUCGAGAGAGACUAAGACGUAGGACGAACUAUUUAGCGAUGAUAUUCUAACGAGCGCCGCCGCGCCAAAAGCGACCCUAAGAAUCACAAUUCAACACUCGCGCGGGUAGGAUUUUUUAUGACGAUGAUACUCCGUCUAAAGAGACGGAGACUCGCGCGCUCACGGCGACGGGGUACAAUCGUCUCUCAAGCGAGCGGACUGGCUACGGGGAAGAUAGAUUUCCGGUGAUUCGACACGACGGGGUCCGUUCCCGUCGGGCACAUUGGGUGGAAUAAUACGUCCGCGAUUAAGACGUUCAGCAAUCCUCCCCGAGUAUGUUGAGCCAGAGAGAUGAGCGCGUUUGUCCGCUGAUCGCACGUGAAACGUAUUAGCCUGCGUUUUCUUACGGAUCCUAGACUAAGCGGAACCUAGUAGUCGCGCUAAAGUUAAGGGAGAUUAUUAAGUGUUAUCUCGUUUAAUGUUACACACAGGUGUGCUGUGUAGACGAGAGCGAUCGAUUUAGGAUGCGAAGGGCAACAUAUCAAUAUGAUAUUUGACAUUGUUUGGCGGAAAAAAUACGUGGAACUUGGUCUCCUGGUUUGCCUCUCUCUCUUUCUCUUUUUCGACUCGGAAGCAUAUCUGUUUACAUCGCGAUCUGUGUAGCGUAACGCGACGUGCGGAUGAGAUCGCGUUUGCAGCAAUAACUCUUAAAAGAGAGAAGAGGGAAAACUCGAAUUGUCUUGCAAAGAAGACAAAUCUCCCCGCGGAUUGCUCGAAAUAGCAAUCGCUAAAUUUCAAUCUUGUAUUUUUACUUUAGAUAGAUAGGUUUGAACGAAUGAUACAUGGCCAGUCGAGAGAUAUCAUUUAAUCGCGAGUAAACUGCAAUUAAUAUCGACUGAAUCGAUGAUACGCGAUGUGGAUCUCACAUUCCCAGGAGCGCCAAGUUUGCCCUCCGCCGGUGCAAUCUCACCCCGUGUCGCGGCGCAGUUGUUUUCUAUGCCUCAUACACGUUUCGCGACUUCCGAAUCACUUAUAAUUCACUAAGAGAGAAAGAGAGAGAGAGAGAGAGAGAGAGAGAGAGAGAAAGGAGUUCGCGGAGCGAAGAUUGCAGGGGAUGGCGAUAAUGACAGGCUGAAGAAGUAGUGCCGCGUGUCGUGCGACGUCUCGUAAACACGCGGGGAGGAAGAAAGAAUGAUUGCUAGGAUACAAGGAAUAUUCCCAGGUUCGGUCUGUGUUUAAUCAGCAGCAAUAAAUUCGCUCACUGCCGGCUCGUGGCGCGAAUCGAGCCGGUCCCCGGAUGACGAUCGACGGCUGAUCGUCGUCCGCUGUGGAGGUGAACGGAAGCGAAACCGUUUAUAUGUUCCUGGCAAAGCGCGUGUAAUAAGGAGUAUCGUCUCAGUGGCACAUUGGAAAGGCAUAUAUUAUCUGUAUUCCGUGAAAUAAUAAACAUUAUCUUAUUUUAUAUCGCGCGUCGGCUGAGAGAAUUGCCUUUUUGAAGAAAGAAUUUCACUCAACCUCCCGUUUGAAACGUCUGCCCCCUCCCCUCCCCCGUCCGAGGAAAAGCACAAACACAUGCUCGACUGUCCCUCCAAAUCGCACGUUUUUUUAUUUUUAUUUUUCUUUUGAAAUAUUUCAUUUUUCUUCGGAAUAUUACUUUCAUUGUAGACAUCGUUGGCAUAACGUGUUUUGUACUCCACAAAAUAGCCACGUACUAACAGCUCAUAGCUAAUCGUCGUGAGACGGGCCCACGGCGGAUUCCGCCGACUUUCCUCGUGGACGCUCGUUCAAGCGAACGUCCCGACUCGACAGAUGAGUUGUCAAACUACUCGCGGGAAGAUCGCAACGCGCAAACAGUCGCCGGCGAUCUAAACGGAAAGAGAGCAGGUCAUCGCGCGUGAAGGUGAAUCGCAUACGAAUCGAAUAAUGAACAACAAACGUGAUUUCGUAUUCGCGGGAGGAAAAUCGGCGAAAUCGGCUGCUAUCCUUAGCAUAGGGGAAAUUCGACUAAAAAGAGAUAACAAAGAGUCCCGUCGCCGCCUUCGCGAUCGGCGAAAACCACCGAACGUUCAGAAGUUUUUUACGACGGUUUCUUCGCCCCGACGCGUCAGAAAAAAAAAGAGAAGAACUCCUUCGUCUUCGGAGACGAGUCUCGUCGUCAAGUCGCGCUCUAUUUCUCUUCAGGAGCCACGCCGGGGUGACGUAAAUGCAAGUGACAGGACUCACACUCACACACAUACACAUACCACAUAACAUACACACCUAUGUAUAUUAUUACGUAGUAGCACGUCGACAUUGCCUACCUAAAUUAUUGUCAGCGUCUUAUGUCUACUCUCGAAAGUAGAGAGGUGCGUUCGCCUUCGUGAGACGACAGAGGCGCGUUUAUAGGCGGCUAACAAAGCCUAGUUGAACGGAAUUUAUUAACGGUGUAUACGUCUAAGUAUAUAACCACACACGCGUACGCAUGCAUACACACACACACACACACACACACACACACACACACACACACACACAUUCAUCGUACAUGACACACCACAUAGACACGUGAGGACACUCAGCUGUUAGUAGCCCGUGUAUAACUUGUAACAAUGCCCCUUUAUUUAUUCAUUUAUCGUUCAUAUUUCUCCGGUUCUUCUUUCCAGCUUUUGCGUCUAAUAAUACGAUUCACAAAGAGAUUCAGCCACGCUAUAAAUUUUCUUCCUCGCUUUCUCUCUUUCCCUUUCUCGCUGUCACGCACAUGCGACGUGUCUCUACGAAGCGAGUAAAUAUACCACGCAAACGUAUUUCCACUCUUUCUCUCUCUUUCGCUCGCUUAGAGUACAAUCAUAUAUAAAUGUAUAUAGGCUACAUACACACUCCGAAACGUAACGCUCUCUCGCGUAACAUAUAGCAAAAAUAGGAGAUCACAAAUGACUGUACUCGCGUACACAUCGCUCGAGAAACGAAAUGAUGCGCUUAUUGAAUAUGAUUCUAUGAGUUUGAUGCACUUAACAAAAAAAAGGAAGAAAGAAAGAGAAAAAUCAUGAUAAUAAUAGUGUGUAGUCGUCGACUUAUGUGUGUAUGUGUGUGUGGCGCACAGAAGUCGAGCAUCGUGAGUAUCAGAAGAAAUACUGGCCUAAGAAUAUCAAGAAUGCGCGCUCUAUGCAACUCCCCCCGCAACGGAAAUGCUCGUGUCUAACAUAGGCGCUAAAUUAAACGCGAGUAUAAAACGCUGGAUUGUUUCGCUGAUAAUCGCCAUUUCCGGAGUUACGAAUUACAGCCACGUGUCGGAUUGACUAUCGAACAACAGUAAGCGAACGCUAAGUUAUCCGUGUCGAGGAGUCGGCGAUAUAUUUUUCUCUCUCUUUCAUUUUCCUACAUCCAUUAUACGCGAUCGCCGAGACCUCUCUAUUUAAAUUCUCUCGCAAUAGAUAAAAAAGGGAUUCGUUAAUUACUUAAAACUCUAAUCUGAGACACGGCACGAAUUCGUCGUUUUCUAAAUUGCAGGUCGUUCCCUUAUCUACGUUAACUCCUCGGCGAAAAAAGAUGAAAAGGUAACCGGGUGCAGAAGUCGCGUGUCAUUAUUACGUAUUAUCGAUACAGCAUUCGCGUGUUCCUUCACAGUGCCGCGGGCGUACUUAUCUUACGACAAAACGAUAGACACCGCAGGACUCGCAUCGCGUAACGCGAAAAGCAAUUUCAGGCUGAAGCGAAAUUAGACUAAUCGCGCGUGUAUACUUGCACAUGUGUCAUACUUAAUUACCGCCAUAACUUAUCACAAAAGAGAAUAUCGUGUAUUUCGCACACUCGAUCUGCCGGCCGGCCGCACCCGUUAUCGUCGUAUCAGCCUAAGAUUACUUUGCUCGACACUAACGCGUGCACUCUACGAAGAACAACUGUACCAAGUACUUAACAAAUUCGCAUUCUCUCCUCCCCCUCCUCCCUUUCUCUCUCUUUCAUUUUAUAGGAUAUCUAAUUCUCAUAAUAUUUUCACCCUGUAUCUCGUCGCACACUUAAGAGCCAUUUUUUCGUCUUUGAUACGCAUAUUCGUCUCGUUUUUUCUUUUCAUCCUUUUAUUUUUCCUAAACCCGCGGAUCAUCGCGUUAUCCACGUCCACGUCGUACCAGAGGCUAGCCGGUGAAGCUCGUCAUAUGCCGUGUCGCGCGCACGAUGCAACUGACCGAUAUCGGUCACAUCCUGAUAAUUAGCACAUUCUGUUAACUGCACGCGACUGAGUGACAUUCCUUCUCUCUUUCCCCGUUUUUCCUUUUUUUUUCUUCGCUAUUACAGAUAUCAUGGAUGAGAUAUUACGUGAACACGAGUCAUAAAUAAUCAAUGCGCGCGCCUAUAUUAUAUACAAAUGAGAAAAGUAUUUUCGUCGAGAUUCUCCAAAAAGAACAGUAGAGUUGAAGGGAAACGCAGCGUUGCGCUGAGACAAGCGCUUGUUUUUCCCUCUCUCUCUCUGUUUUCCUCUGCCUUUCCGGCGCGUCGCGCUUCGCGUCGGCAAAGGCUGCAGCCAUGUCUUCCAUCGAUAAUCUCGAAUAUUGUGCGCGAAAAGGAAAUGUCG